UAUUCUCGCGCCGUACAGGUUUGUCAAAAAUAUGAAGUAUACCACCCGUAUAUUGGUAAUUUACUUGAAACGUGUAAAAAUUAGUAAUAAUCAUUGAAAUUGUUAGUAUAGCUGUAUUUAUAUUGACCAACUCAUUUACACGAUGACGGUGGUAGAGUUUUUCGGUUGUUCAUUUCUGGCAUUUGGUCCCCCACUAGCGAUGUUUUCUUUAACCAUCGCCCACGAUCCGAUCCGGAUCAUUAUACUGAUUGCUGCAUCCUUCUGCUGGCUUGUGUCACUACUGUUAUCAUCCACCGUCUGGUUUGCUGUUUACCCGCUGCGGGACAAGCUAGUAUUCGGUCUAAUAUGUUCCGUGUUCAUUCAAGAAGCUUUUCGCUAUCUCAUGUAUAAACUACUACGGAAAACCGAACGAGGCUUGCAGGAAGUAACCGAAAUAGCCCGGAUAUCGGACUAUAAGCAUAUCUUAUCGUACGUCGCCGGACUUGGCUUUGGCAUCAUAAGUGGAGCUUUCUCACUGGUUAACAUUUUGGCUGAUUCGGUCGGUCCAGCCACGGUCGGGUUGAAGACAGGUUCGAGCAUUUUCAUCGUCAUCAGUGCGGCGCAAUCCCUCUGUAUGAUUUUGCUGCAUACAUUUUGGAGUGUAAUUUUCUUCAAUGCAUGCGAUUUGAAAAACUACUUCCACAUUGCGUACGUCGUGGUUAGCCAUCUGUUUGUGUCUGGCAUUACGUUGCUCAAUACUCAGGAGCUGUUUGCCGUUACUUUGACCGCUUCUUACAUAGUGAUGUUGAUUACUUGUGUUAUUGCGUUCCGAGUGGUCGGCGGAAAUGCAGUGUCUUUUAAAAAGUUUAUCACUUGCAAAUGAAUCUUUGAAGACUAUAUUUAUUUAUAAUUUUUAAUCAAUAAUGCAACAACUGUGACGAUAUAUCUUAAUAAACAUGCUACUUUUAAACAGAAAA